AUGGCUCAAGCAGUGGAAAACCAAAAUGGAAUCCCUGAAAUCAAAGAACCCACACCAAAAAUUCAAAAACUUCACAACAAUGGCGUUUCCCAUGAAAUCACUUCCUUUUUAAGAGUCAAGAAACUCUCCGACAAGGCUUCUUUGCCUUCUAGAGCCUCCCCUCUCUCUGCAGGCUACGAUCUUUCCAGUGCCGCGGAGGCAAAGGUUCCGGCGAGAGGCAAAGCCCUGAUACCUACUGAUCUUAGCAUUGCCAUACCUGAAGGAACUUAUGCUCGUAUUGCGCCACGAUCGGGUUUGGCAUGGAAGCACUCGAUUGAUGUGGGGGCAGGGGUGAUUGAUGCCGACUACAGAGGUCCGGUUGGGGUGAUAUUGUUCAACCAUUCUGAUGUCGAUUUUGAAGUGAAAACUGGUGAUAGAAUUGCUCAACUGAUCAUACAAAAAAUUGAAACUCCUGAAGUAACUGAAGUUGCUGAUCUUGAUUCAACUGUGAGAGGCACUGGUGGGUUUGGAUCCACUGGCGUUUAA